AUGGCAAGCGAAAAGAAUGCCCGCAUGCCACAUUCAAGGGAUGGAGGGGAAUCAGACCCCCGGAUACUGCGGGCAGGCCGGUCUAAUGCUUCCGGUGCAUGCCUGGGCCAAUGGAGACCGGUAGUUGGCUCGAAAAGAAGCACGAAGCAACUACCCACCAACGGCGUUGGAGGGUGGUCAGAAAAGCACCCGGCCGAUCCAACUGUAGACAAGGUUGACAAACAGCAUGCCAACGUGGGUUUGGAAGCAUAUGCAGUGAGCAAAUAG